AAUGGAUAUAAUCGAUUUUAACAAACCAAAUACUGUCAAGAAGGUCAAAGUUGGUAAUUGUGUUUACCUAUUGAAAUAGUCAAAAAGGUUGUUACUUAAGCACCUGUAGUCAAUAAAUAAUAAUAGAAUAAAGAAUACUACAAUAAGGCAUUAGAAAGAAUUAUUCAAUUAUUAAAGGAAAAUAAUCCAUCCUUAGCCACUUAAACUAAUAUCUAGCUUGAAAAACCCUAGAUUGAUAAAUUGGGAACAAAGAAAACUUUGUGGAAGAACUUUGAGGCCAUUUGUACUUAAAUGAAUAGAGAAGCUUAACAUGUUAGUUAAUAUUUUCUAAUUGAAUUGGGUACUGAAGGGUAUUUUAUAAAAAUUAAUAAUAGAUCAUAAGCAGAUGAGAAAUUGAUUAUCAAAGGUAGGUAUACAAGUACUUAAAUAGAAACAUUAAUUAAAAAAUAUUUGUGUAAUUAUUUAUUUAAAAUAAUAGAUGAAUAUGUCUUAUGUUCAUUGUGUAAAAGUUCAGAUACUACUUUAAUAAGAGAUGUUGAGUCUAGACUUUACAGUAAAGAAUGUAAAAAUUGUAAGGCCACAAAAACAGUUGCGACACUUAAGAUUUCAAGUAAGAGAUAAAAAUGAUU